AAUGCUUCAAUAAAUUAAAAAAAAACUGAUGUGUUAAAAAUUGUUAUGAUUAUUAAAAUCUUGGUUUCGUAAAAUAAAAAUGACUGAUAUUUUAAUACCAAGCCUAUGUUGGAUAGAUGGACGAUGCUACAGAGUAAACGAUUCAAACACAAGAGAUGUUACUGCUUUUCAAGAGCAUGAUUUAUAUGAGAACGAACAUAAUGAUGACGGUAUUGUAGACGAAGGAGAUGAAGACGAUUUUGAAAUUAUCACAGUAGAUGACUCAAGAUUUAGUACCUGCCUUCAUGUUUCACAGCAUUACAUAGGCUCAAUCAUUGGAAAAAAAGGUGCGACAAAAAGUAGGAUUGAAAGAGAUACAAGGACAGACAUAAAAAUACCUAAAAUAGGCCAGACUGGAGAUAUAACAAUAUUUGGAUCUAAUGUUUCUAAUAUAAAAGCUGCAAGAAGAAGAAUAAAUAUAAUUGUAACGUCAUCAAGAAUGAAGCAAAGAUCAACACAUUUUAUUUCACUGCCUAUGAAUAAUUCUGAUAUAACAAGGAAUUUUGAAUUAUUUAAGGAAACUGUACUUCGUGACUGCUCCAGUAAAGGUUUAGAUGAGUCUUUGUUUAUUAGACCUCAAAAGUUACAUCUUACAUUAGGUGUAAUGUGUUUAAUGGAUAAUGAAGAAAGAUUGCUUGCAUCUAAAUUGCUAACAGAAGCUAAAGAGAAAGUUGUUAAGCCUUUGCUUGGAAAUUGCCCUUCAUUGAGGAUAAGGUUGAGAGGUCUGUCUUAUAUGAAUGAUGAUCCUAGUGCAAUUGAUGUUUUGUAUGGAUGUGUUGAAGAAGAAAACGGCCCUCCGGGUAUUAUACAGAGAUUAGCAGAUGGGCUCGUAGACCAUUUUUAUAAAGCUGGUUACAUGGAUCGGGAGUACGGUCGUGACAACGUGAAACUUCACGUCACUUUAAUAAACUCGAAGUAUAGAAGUCGGACAUCAACUAGCGUGAACGAUGACGUCACUGGAUCCAAACGCCAAGCAAGACUGACCUUUGACGGAUCUGAAAUAUUAAAUAAAUACGCAGAUUAUGACUUUGGUGUGACUGAGCUUAAAGAAAUACAUCUGUCUCAGCGCCAUUCGAUGGGUAAUGAUGGUUAUUAUCAGCCAACUUGUGUAAUAUCUUGUGAUAUUUGAAUUGUAUUAUUUUUGUAAAAAAUAAAUGUUACUUAUA